GGCUGGGAAGCGGCGCCAUAUUGGCGUCGGCCGCGCUGUAUUGUCAUAAAUAGAGCCGGUUUUCUGGUGUUUUCACUACUCGGUUGGAUGCCUCGGCCGUAGUAAGUGAGAGAGUGAGCGAGCAAGCGAGCUACAAGCGAGCGGAGGAAAGUGGACAGGAGGAGAAGGGAAGAGCAAGAACAGGACUCCAGAGCGAAAGACUCGCCGGUGAGGGAGGCGCAGGAAGCGAUGAAAGAGAUGUCUGCAAACACCAUGCUGGACAGCCAGCGUCAAAAAAAGCAUUAUGGAAUCACCUCUCCAAUUAGCUUGGCAUGUCCGAAAGAAAUUGAUCAUAUUUACACACAGAAAUUAAUUGAUGCCAUGAAACCAUUUGGAGUGUUUGAAGAUGAGGAAGAAUUGAACCACAGGCUGGUUGUUCUUGGUAAACUGAACAAUUUAGUAAAAGAAUGGAUUUCUGAGGUCAGUGAGAGUAAGAAUCUCCCACCUUCUGUUGUGGCUACUGUUGGUGGAAAAAUUUUCACCUUUGGCUCCUAUAGGCUUGGAGUACACACCAAAGGAGCUGACAUUGAUGCACUUUGUGUUGCUCCAAGACAUGUGGAGAGAUCUGAUUUUUUUCAGUCUUUUUUUGAAAAAUUGAAACAUCAACAUGGCAUUAGAAACUUAAGAGCUGUAGAAGAUGCCUUUGUUCCUGUUAUAAAAUUUGAAUUUGAUGGAAUUGAAAUUGAUCUAGUCUUUGCAAGACUGGCAAUACAAACCGUAUCAGAUAAUUUAGAUCUAAGAGACGACUCUCGACUGAGAAGCCUUGAUAUAAGGUGUAUUCGCAGCCUAAAUGGGUGUAGAGUUACUGAUGAAAUUUUGCAUUUAGUGCCAAAUAAAGAAACUUUCAGACUCACCCUAAGAGCAGUCAAACUAUGGGCAAAACGACGUGGUAUUUAUUCCAACAUGUUGGGAUUCCUUGGUGGUGUCUCCUGGGCAAUGCUAGUUGCAAGAACUUGCCAAUUAUAUCCAAAUGCAGCAGCUUCUACUUUAGUUCAUAAGUUCUUUUUAGUUUUUUCCAAGUGGGAAUGGCCAAAUCCUGUGCUGCUAAAGCAACCAGAAGAAAGCAAUUUGAAUUUGCCAGUUUGGGAUCCUCGGGUAAAUCCAUCAGAUAGGUAUCAUCUCAUGCCCAUAAUCACCCCUGCCUACCCACAACAGAAUUCUACGUAUAAUGUGUCCACAUCAACUCGAACAGUAAUGGUAGAAGAAUUUAAACAAGGUCUUGCAGUCACAGAUGAAAUUCUUCAAGGGAAAUCAGAUUGGUCCAAACUCCUUGAGCCACCAAAUUUUUUCCAAAAAUAUAGACAUUAUAUAGUAUUGACUGCCAGUGCAUCAACAGAAGAAAAUCAUCUAGAGUGGGUUGGAUUAGUAGAAUCUAAAAUACGUGUACUUGUUGGAAAUUUGGAACGGAAUGAAUUUAUAACUCUUGCCCAUGUAAAUCCCCAAUCAUUCCCAGGAAAUAAGGAACAUCAUAAAGACAACAAUUACGUAUCAAUGUGGUUCCUUGGAAUAAUUUUUCGGAGAGUAGAAAAUGCAGAAAGUGUUAAUAUAGACUUGACAUAUGAUAUACAGUCAUUUACUGAUACAGUGUACAGACAGGCAAACAAUAUAAACAUGCUAAAGGAGGGAAUGAAAAUUGAAGCAACUCAUGUUAAAAAAAAACAACUUCAUCACUACCUUCCCGCAGAGAUUCUUCAGAAGAAGAAAAAGCAAAGUCUUUCUGAUGUCAGUCGAAGUUCAAGUGGACCUCAAUCCAAAAGAUCAUCUCUGGAUAGCAAUUGUUUGGAUAGCUCCAGAGACACUGAUAAUGGAACACCUUUUAAUUCCCCAGUGUCUACAAACAAGCCUUCCAAGCCUGAUAUUCCUCCUUCAGGAGAGACAGAAAGGAAUAAUGCUGAGCCUGCUGCUGUAGUUGUGGAAAAGCCACUGACUGUCCCUCCAGCUCAAGGGCUGUCUAUUCCCGUCAUUGGUGCAAAAGUUGACUCUGCAGUAAAAGCUGUAUCACCUCCAGCUGUGUGUACCAUUCCUACUGUAGUAGGACGAAAUGUCAUUCCUAGAAUCACAACACCCCACAGCCCUGCCCAGGGGCAGCCACAUCUAAAUGGAAUGUCAAAUAUAACUAAGAAUGUUGCCACCAAAAGAUCCCACUCCCCAUCCAUAGAUGGGUCUUCUAAGAGGUUGAAAGACAUAGAAAAGUUUAUUCGACUUGAAUCAACGUUUAAGGAAUCACGUGCUGCUGAAGACAGAAAAAGAAAAUCAGUGGAUGCCAUUGGAGGAGAAUGUAUGCCUAUUCCAACUAUUGAUACAUCACGCAAAAAGAGACUGCCCAGUAAAGAACUACCAGAUUCAUCAUCUCCAGUUCCAGCAAAUAACAUCCGUGUCAUCAAAAAUUCCAUUCGACUGACCCUAAAUCGAUGCUGUAGCAUUCUCUCAUUGAUUGCUACAUACAAUUCUCUGAGGAUCACCUGCUAUCAAAUUAUCAUCUGCAAUAUUAUGGCUUUGCGUUGGAGGUUUUACUGCCUUAACUUUCGAUGCUUAUUUCUCUGUUGUGGGAACCAGUUCUUGGCUCUCUGGACACUGAUAAAACAAGUCCUGAACACCGCCCCCCUCUUCUUUUUAAGUCUUAUGUUGUAAUCAUUGUAUAGAACUAAAAAAGUUGAAAACAAAAAACAAAACAAAACAAAAAAUGUAAUUUUCCAAAUGCUAACACAUUUACUUUAGCAUUGAAGCCACUUUGUGAAACCUGAGAUAAAUGAAUGUGAGGUAUCUUCUCUGCUUUCCUCAUUUGUGUAGAUGUACUUAUUGUCUGUUCUGUUGAUUUAAAUUAUUUUUUCUGAGAUUGGCACACGGAAUAUUUAAAUUUUUAUUGUGCCUUUCUAUCCAAAUGUUGCAUAGUUACCAGGGAGGAUUAGUCCAGUGAUUACAUAAGAGUUGGGCACCAUAAAUUCUCUAUAUUUUGCCUCCUAUGGAGGCCUUUGAAAUGCAUCUUUAUUAAGAAUCAAAAUAUGACCAGGAUACUGAAAGUCAGUAUAUGAACGGUGAAAUUGUUACAUAUCCUAUCUCAUGCCAUUCUUGUUAGUUGACUGGUAUUUUUUACUGAGGAGCAACUCAUUCCGGCAUCAACAGUAAGAUGCCUUUAAGUAUGGCAAACUUGUAUUUUUGAAGUGUACGAUUAACUUGGCAUGAUACUUCCUGACCAUUACUUACCGCCACAACUUCAAACAGUUCCUUCGUGGACUAGGCAUGCAGAAAUGAGCAGUGGAUUUUACUGAAACCUAAAGGCAUUUUUGAAUGACAUUGUUACCAACUAUUAAUUGGCUCAGGACCUUUGUAAUUUUUAUUUAAAUAUAUGAGUUGUCUUUUUUUACACUGCUUUUUUCAGUGCAUUUCUUAAUAUUUUUUAAGUUUCAUGAAUGCAUGCUCCAUUUAUUAAAAUCCAUAACCAUGUAAUUCUUCUUGUAAUAUG